GGUCACUUCUUUCUCUGUUUUUAGUUUCUCUACCUGAGAGACAGUCAAUGGGAAUUUCAUGGCUAAAAAGACCCAAGAAACGCGAUUUAAGCUAUCUGCCGCCACAGACAACCCUAGAGGCGUACGUCCUCGGUUCAAAAGGAAAUUGAGAGGAGAAUCAUCUCUCCAGCACCCCAACCAAAGCUCAACGAGCCCAUCUAGCCAGAACCAGAGUUCAGAGGAUGCUGCAUCCUCGGGGGUGGAACCCAAGGGCAAGGGCCAGCGUCGCUUUCGUGGAUUGAGUGCAAAGCAUACAACGGUGACAAGAAGGCCUUUUCUACGGCACCUCAGCCAGCAGACUCAGUCCGGUCAGGACCAGGGUUCAGAGGAUCCUGCAUCCCCGGAGGUGGGACCCGCAGGCAAAGGCAAGCGCCCUCCUGGCGAAUUGAGUCCAGAAAGUGCAACGGUGGCAAGAAGGCCCUUCCCCCGAUACCUCAGCCGACGCCAGGCAGCUUUGAAGGACCAGGACCAGAGUUCAGAGGAUGCUGCAUCCUUGGAGGUGGGACCCGCAGGCAAAGGCAAGCGCCCCUCUCGAAGAUUGGGCAGAAAGGUGACAGGAGCGCCGCGAUUGGUCGUUCGCAAUGCGGAGGCGGGGCCUGACUCCUGCAACCCGGCCUCGGAGCCAAAUCAAGAGAAGCUGCACCUGGGGGCGAUGGCCGCAGUAAGCCUUGGUUCCCGCGAGAUCCCGUCCCACUCCCUGGAUGUUGGAAACAGGUCCAUUUCCUCAGGGAGCCGCCGUGGUCUCUUUUGGCACCUCCGAGCCAAGCAUUCUAGAGUUGGCCUGUUUGAGAUCGGUCCAGGACACGAACUGCAUAGAAUGACACGGAUGAUGCAGGAAGGGCUGUGGGCUGCCACCCAGGUCUCCAUGAACAACCCACCCACGGGACCUCCUACCCAGAAGGAUUUCCUGGAAGUCAUGACCCAGGUUCAUGAAGAGGGCUUCGAACUGGGCACCCUGGCUGGUCCAGCUUUUGCACGGCUGAGGCGAUCCAUUGGCCUGACUGAAGAAGACUACCAGGCUACUCUUGGCCCUGGUGACCCCUACCUUCAAUUCCUCAGCACCUCCAAGAGCAAGGCCAGCUUCUUCCUGUCCCACGACCAGCGCUUCUUUGUGAAGACCCAACGACGCCAGGAAGUGCAGGUGCUGCUCGCCCACCUGCCCCGCUACGUGCGGCACCUGCAGCAGUACCCACACUCCCUGUUGGCACGGUUGCUGGGAGUAUACAGUUUGCGGGUGGCUCAGGGGAAAAAGAAGUACUUCAUCAUCAUGCAGUGCAUCUUCUACCCUACCAGCCGCAUCUCUGAGAGGUAUGACAUCAAGGGUUGCGAAGUAAGCCGCUGGGUGGAUCCAGUCCCUGAGGGCAGCCCCCUUCUCUUGGUGCUGAAGGACCUCAACUUUCGAGAAAAGACCAUAAAACUGGGAACCCAGCGGAGCUGGUUCCUCCGCCAGAUGGCGCUAGACACCGCCUUCCUGCGAGAGCUGAAUGUGCUGGAUUAUAGCCUCCUGGUGGGCGUCCAGUUUCUCCACAAAGACGAAAAAGUCGAUUCCCACUGCCUCUUCGGGACAAUCAAGUCUGUACAAGGUGCACCAAAGUCGGAGAACAAGGACGGCCAGAACCGACGGAUGCUGCCCAACCUCCCCAAUGCCCUCCAUAUCGUGGACGGACCAGACCAACGCUAUUUUCUGGGCUUGGUGGACCUGACUACCGUGUAUGGGUUUCGCAAACGGCUGGAACAUCUGUGGAAGAUGGUGCGCUAUCCAGGCCAGAGCGUCUCCACUGUCAGCCCGGCUCACUACGCCCGUCGCCUCUGUCAGUGGGCGGAGGCGCACACUGAGUGACUCUUACCAAUUGGCCUUCUUCCCAUCCGGACAAUGCGCCCGCAACAAUUUUCCAGCUGUACCCAGGGAGCUAGCCUGCGGUUCAUCUAUAAGCCACAAGAGGGCAGCACCCUCAUAACUAAUGCUGUGAAGACUAAGCCCCAUUCGGUGUCGGUGCUGUACCACGCAUAGAGCAAGGACCCCCGAGCCCCUAUCCUUAGCUCGUUUACUAUUAAAAAAUGUUGAUAUUCUCUUUUUACAGACCACGA